AUGGAUGCCACCAAGUUGGCAUUGGAUCCCGCUUCAGCUGUGCGCUCUGCGAUUUUGAUCUCCACACUCACUGUGCAGACGCCACCCCCAAUGCCUCAGCUCUUCGCCACUCUUUCUACAAAAAAAUGUUAUUUUCAAUUCAUACCUUACCCGCCCGGGGACUGCCCUCGCUACUGCAAUGCUUGCGGCCAAAGUAUCGCCGGUUUUGUCUACCACUGUCGCAAGUGCGGGAAUUACCUCCACCCCUGCUGUGCUGCUCUCCCACAUGUUAUCAAUGCCAACGGCAGCCUUCGCCUCCACCUGCACCACAAAACUUCAGCGCCUUGCGACAAGUGUGGGUGGAAGGGGAAAAGUUGGUGUUAUAGGAGCGAUUGCAAAAAAAUUAACUUGCAUGUGGCUUGCGCCAUAAAAUUGUGGUUGGAUAACAUGAAUGAGCUUCAUUAUGGCAGAGGCGACAGCAACGGCGACCUUAGCGAUGGAAUGACCAUGGUGUUGAGGAAUAAGUUUCCGAUUAUUGAAGCAGAGGGGAACAACCGUCACAGGAGGAGCUGGAUGGGAAAGUUGAAGAAAUGCUCUAAGUUGGCAGUGCUGGCAGUGAAGUUUAUCAUUGCGGCAAUGCUCGGGGAUCCCACGACUCUGAUUACAGGGGUUAUCACGUCUCUUCUUUCUGAAUGA